CGGGUAGGUGGGGCGGACAGCCGUCAAAAUAUCAGCACCUCUCCUCCUCCUCCACGCUUUCAAACUAUAUGUUGCUGGUCAUCAACAAUACAACACUCAGAAACAAGCUGGAAGCCAGUUGCUAAGUAAAGCCUGAACUUACAAACACAGAUUUCUCCAGAGAUCAUUCAUUUGAUCAUCAUGACUGGAACAGCAGUGGUUCUGAUGAGCCUGGUCCUCAUCCUCUCUGUGGGUGCAGAGGAUAAAUCAAGACUCUACCGCAGGCCUGCAUGUGGAGGCUUGAGCGUCAAUCAAGCAUGCCCUCUCAACUACUCUCCCGUAUGUGGUAAUGAUGGCAUCACAUACGUCAAUGAAUGCACCCUGUGCGUGCAGAGAAUGCACACUAAUGCAGACAUUUUGAUUGUGAAAGAAGGCCGCUGCUGAGGUGGAGGACCUUGUGAUAUCAUCACUUUGGUUUUCAUAUCUAUGUUUGUUUAAGAGUGUUGUUUGCUAUACUCACCAGAGAAUGACAUCGGUAUACCUAUAAACAGCAAAUGUGUGAACACCUACAAAAACACUAGACCUAAACAACAAGUACUACAACAAAUGUGUAAGUUUUAUUACAGCUGGGUGACUUUGAGUGAAUAGUGCAGAGUGUUUGAUUUUCUAUCAAGUCAGUUGGGUUUUUUGACACUAUCCUGUUUAUCUUUAUAUUUCUUACUAUAUAUAAUUUAAAUUUCUAAAGUGCACAUAGGAACUGCUUUGAGUGCAAUGUUUUAGGAGUGAAGUUUUGGAGUUACAGCUUGUUUUUUUCUAAAUAGCUUUAAAAAAUCGAACAAAAAUAGAAAUGUAAGCUGCAGGAAGACUAUUUAUACUUUGAUUUUACAUUUUAUUUUGCUAAUAAAAUAAACAUAC